CGGAAUAUGACGGAAUUUGUUCAAUCACAAAAUGGCGUCCCACGGCAGAACGACCGGUUGGCCGAAAAGAGAAAGGAGAGAUUCCUUUCCCGCUGGUCAAAAUCAAGCACCAGAAUCAAAUAGAAUGAUUAAUUUAUAUCCUCUCACAAACUACACAUUUGGAACAAAAGAUCCCUUGUAUGAAAAAGAUGCCUCAGUCCCUGCACGAUUUUCUCGAAUGCGUGAGGAAUUUGAAAAGUUUGGAAUGCGUAGAUCAGUCGAGGGUGUUCUGAUUGUUCAUGAGCACGGCUUGCCACAUGUUCUGCUGUUACAGCUUGGAACUACUUUCUUUAAAUUGCCAGGGGGCGAAUUGCGGAACAAAGAGGACCAAAUUGAAGGCCUGAAGAGAUUGCUAACAGAGACAUUAGGUCGACAGGAUGGAGCCCCUAUGGAAUGGACAGUAGAGGAGACCAUUGGUAAUUGGUGGAGACCUAAUUUUGAACCCCCACAGUAUCCAUAUAUCCCAGCUCACAUCACACGACCAAAAGAACAUAAAAAACUCUACCUAGUGCAAUUACCUGAGAAAGCAUUAUUUGCAGUCCCCAGAAACUACAAGUUAGUAGCAGCACCGUUAUUUGAGUUGUACGAUAAUUCCUCAGGAUACGGACCAAUAAUCUCAAGUUUACCACAGGCCCUUAGCAGGUUUGACUUUAACUACAACUGAGACCUUCAUACUACAACUGUACAUAAAGCCUAGACAACACAUCAGCAACAGAAGAUAGCAAGAGACAAUUUUGCAGCCUGGAGCAGCUAAUAAACAUUUUAAACAUUAGGAGAUAGUCAUAUUCAUUUACAAUUCAUUUCAUUUGUGUCCUUGUAAAUAAAGAUGUGAAUAAAAUCGAAAAGUUUUGUUAAGAAUCACUGCCAUACUGAUUUUAUUUUAAGAUUCAUUGUUAUGUCCCUUUUCUAAGAAAAGAGGGUAUAUGGUUUUGCUCAUGUCUGUUGGUCCAUAGACCAUUUGUAUUGAGGGUCAGUACAUCAAAAGUCAAGGCCACAGUGACCUUGAGGCUGAAAAUCCAUAUUAUAGAUUGUUAAUUCUGAUACAUUGCAAAAAAGCACAUCGAGGGCUCAGAGCGAAACUAGUCUAUCUGCUUCUAUUUCUAUAUAUACUUAGACUAGUUUCGCUCUAAGCCCUCGACAUGACCAGCAGAGAUGAAAAUAGAACAAAGUUCAAAUAUCAGCACCUAAACAACUGAUUCAGUUUUGAAAAAAAGUUCACAGAAAUGUGCCUCCAAUGACUCUGCUAAAAGUGAUAAAGCUGUCUGGAUUUGUAAAAGAAGAUAUGGCUGUUGCCAGUGCACAGUCAUAACUUAGCAAUUAUACAUAUCAAGCAAGUUUCAUUCACCAUGUUAAGCUGUAAAGUUGCCAUAUGACCUUUACUGUCUGCAUGCCAUUAAAACCAAAAAAAAAACAAAACGGUGUAUAAUGUGCAAUAAACAACAUUUUACAAUUGAACAUCUUUAAAUGCUACAUUUAAAUUAUGAAAUUCUGUUGUCUCCUAGGUAACUAUGGUGUUUUAAUAAGAAAAUAAUGUUUCAACUAUUUAAACUAUUUAAUCACCACCCAUUGAACAUAGUCGAUUUCCUGUAAAUAGCAACUGAUUUCAAUCAACUAAAAUAGAACUUUUAAAUUGUAGUUAACAGCUAAUUGCAAAUUGUAUGACAAUAUAGUGCACUCUCUAAGAUUAUUUUCUGUGAAAGUUGUUACUUGCAUGCUGUGAAAUGGAAAUAGGCUAUCUAUAAUAAUUGAAAACUAAUUUCUUUAUUUAAAGGUCAAAAAGAUGUUUUAUGAGACCUUUAAUCUCUGCAUAUCAUCCAAAAGUUUGUUUGGGCUAAUGUUUGAAAUACUGUAAAGUCAUUUUUAUUUGCUAGUGAAGGAUUUUCUUGGAUUUGUUAGUUUUGUCAAUGCUUGAAAUUAAAUUGCAAAUAAAAGUGAAAACCUUGAGUACUUGUAUCUAGGCAAAAUAACUUGGUCGAAACCAUAAAAUUUUAUACCCAGUCAUUUAAAUUAUUUGAUGGUAAUCCAAGGAUUUUUAUUGAUGAUUUUUAUGUUCUGGCUGGACAGAACAAUCAAUGACCUAUUGAUACAUAAUGUCAUAAUACUUGAUAUGUACACCUGGACAAGAAGAGCAGCUGUCCACAAGUUCAAGUUUAGAAGUCAAUGACCCAGUAGGGCACUUUUUGUCCUUGAUAUUUUGUCCCAGAUACACCAUUCUCCUUAGAAAAGCAAGAUUAUGCCAGAUUAUACUGAAUCCCUGAAACUGCCAUUUCUGUAAAUACAGGCAUUUUAAUUCAGAGCUGAUAUCUGGAUACUAUACUCACAGUGUAAAGCACAUAUAUUGAAGUUGAUUGGUGUUAAGGUGCAAACUUAAGUGAAUAGCAACACAGUACAGUAAUUUCAACUCCCCUUUUUGUACACUUUGGUAUCUUCAUGCAGUAGUGCCAUAUGAGUAAAAGGGUGAAGGAAGAGUCCUUGCCACAAGGGACUCAUCCAGGACAAAUAUUCAGAAUUUAAAAUCUAUGAAUUCUUAUCCCUACAAAAUGGCCAUUUUUAGCCCACCAUCAUCAGAUGGUGGGCUAUUCAGAUCACUGCGUCCGUCGUCCUUCCGUCCGUUAACAAUUUCUCGUUAUCGCAUCUCCUCAGAAACUACCAGGGGGAUUUUGACCAAACUUUGUCAGAAUGAUGUAUUGAUACCCUAGUUGUGUCCCCCUGAAAAUCAGACUGGUUCAACAAUUUUUGAGUGAGUUAUGGCCCUUUGUUUAUUUUUAUAAUUUACAUUGAUUUAUAUAGGGAAAAACUUUAAAACAACAGGGCCUAGAGCUUUGAUAUUUGGUAUGAAGCAUCAUCUAGUGGUCCUCUACCAAGGUUGUUCAGAUUAUUUCCCUGGGGUCAAGUAUGGCCCCGCCCCGGGGGUCACAUGGUUUACAUAGACUUAUAUAGGGAAAAACUUGGCUUGAAAAUCUUCUUGUCCAAACCACAGGGCCUAGGGCUUAAAUAUUUGUAAUGAAGCAUCAUCUAGUGGUUCUCUACCAAGUUUAUUCAAAUUAUUCCCCUAGGGUCAAAUAUGGCCCCGCCCCGGGGGUCACAUUGUUUAUAUAGACUUAUAUAGGGAAAAAAUUGAAAAACCUUUUGUCCAAAACCACAGGGCCUAGGGCUUUGAUAUUUUGUACGUGACAUCAUCUAGUGGUUCUCUACUAAGAUUAUUGAAAUUAUUCCCCUAGGGUCAAGUUUGGCCCCGCCCUGGGGGUCACAUGGUUCAUGUAGACUUAUAUAGGGAAAAGCUUUUAAAAUCUUCUUGUCAAUAACCUACAACAUUCAAAUUUGGACUACAUGUAUGGUUUUGAGUGGCAAGAUGAACCUUGACAUGAGUUGACCUUGAUUUUGACCUAGUGACCUACUUUCACAUUUCUGUAGCUACAGCUUUCAAAUUUGGACCACAUGCAUAGUUUUGUGCACUGAAAAAAACUUUGACCUUGACUUUGACCUAGUAACCUACUUUCACAUUUUUGAAGGUACAGGCUUCAAAUUUGGACCACAUGCAUAGUUUCGUGUUCGGAAAUGAAAUUGGACCUUGGUUUUGACCUAGUGACCUACUUUCACAUUUCUCAAGCUACAGCCUUCAAAUUCGGACCACAAGCAUAGUUUUGUGUACCGAAACAAACUUUGACCUUUACAUUGACCUAGUGACCUACUUUCACAUUUUUGAAGGUACAGGCUUCAAAUUUGGACCACAUGCAUAGUUCUGUGUUCCGAAAUAAAAUUUGACCUUGAUUUUGACCUAGUGACCUACUUUCACAUUACUCAAGCUACAGCCUUCAAAUUUGGACCACUUGCAUAGUUUUGUGUACCGUAAUGAACUUUGACCUAGUGACCUACUUUCACAUUUCUGUAGCUACAGGCUUCAGAUUUAGACCACAUGCAUAGGAUUGUGUACCGAAACAAACUUUGACCAUGACAUUGACCUAGUGACCUACUUUCACAUUUUUUUAAGGUAUAGGCUUCAAAUUUGGACCACAUGCAUAGAUUUUUGUUCUAAAGUGAAAUUUGACCUUGAUUUUGACCUAGUGACCUACUUUCACAUUUCUCAAGCUACAGCCUUCAAAUUUGGACCACUUGCAUAGUUUUGUGUACAGAAAUGAACUUUGACCUUAAGCUUGACCUAGUGACCUACUUUCACAUUUCUGUAGCUACAGGCUUCAAAUUUAGACCACAUGCAUAGGAUUGUGUACCGAAACAAACUUUGACCGUGACAUUGACCUAGUGACCUACUUUCACAUUUUUUAAGGUACAGGCUUCAGAUUUGGACCACAUGCAUAGAUUUUUGUUCUAAUGUGAAAUUUGACCUUGAUUUUGACCUAGUGACCUACUUUCACAUUUCUCAAGCUUCAGCAUUCAAAUUUGGACCACUUGCAUAGUUUUGUGUACCGAAAUAAACUUUGACCUUAAGAUUGACCUAGUGACCUACUUUCAAAUUUCUCGAACGACAGCCUUCAAACUUGAUGCACAUGCAUAGUUUUGUGUACAAAGAACUUUGUCCUUGAAAUUGAUCUAGUGACCUACUUUCACAUUUCUCAAGCUACAGCUUUUGAAUUUGGACCACAUGCACAGUGUUGUGUACGGAAAUGAAAAUUUGACCUUGAGCUAGUCAAUAAAUCUUGAAAUUUGGAACACUCAAAAAUGGCACAUUGGUGGGCGCCAAGAUCACUCUGUGAUCUCUUGUUGGCCAAAGCCAUGAAAUUUCAUGCCCUUGAAAAAUGCUUUUACAGAGUAUUGUUUUAUUAUUUAGAGAAAUGGUUUAAUAUUUGGUUGAGAAUCUUGUGGCAAGAAAAAGAACUCUUCCUGCACCAUUUAACUCCUAUGACACUGCUAUACACACCAAAGUGUACAAAAAGUGGAGUUGAAAUUACAGUACUUGAGUUUGCACCUUAACACCAAUGCUUUUCUGGUACUAGGAAGUCACUAUUAGUGAUGGGCUUAGCUUUUAUUGUGUUCAUGUAUAUGUUGUAUACAUAUUUUUGUAAAUUAUGUCUAAAAUAAAUGAUUAAAAUCA